AGAUCCGGAUCAGGGCCAAAAACAUGCCGCUUCUACGCUGAGCUGCAUACAAUUUUAGGGGGCUGCACCACCACAACCCCCCCCCCUUGUCCGUGGAUUCCGAGGUGGGGGUUAUAAUCUCAACCAUGGCUGAGGAUUCAGAGGAGGGGGAAGAUGAGGAGGAGGAAGAGGAGGAUGAGCUUGCAGAGAGCACACAGCACUCCAUUCUCCCCAACAGCCAGGAGCUUUUUGUGACCCAGACGGAAUUACCUUCCCUGCCCUUCCAAGCCACUAGCCCAGACAGUGAAGCCAUGGAAGCUACCUCUGCUGCAAAUUUUUCAAGCCUCCCGACUCCAUCCCGAAGGCUAGCUCAGAUAAGGCGGAGGAAGAAGAGGACACGAGAUGAAAUGUUCACAGAAAUCAUGGCAGUAACCCGCAAUGAAAGAGCUCAUCUGGGGGAGUGGAAGGACGUGGUAGCAAAGUACAGGAAAGAUGCCAGUGAACGUGAGGACAGGAGGGACCAACGUGAGGAUAGGAGAGACGCUCAAGAUGAGAUGUGGCGGCAGGAAGAUCAGAGGUGUAGGCAGGAAGAUCAGCGGUGGCGGGAUGCAAUGCUGGAGCUGCUGCGCGAUCAAACUGACAUCCUCCGACGUCUGGUGGAUCUUCAGGAAGAGCUGCGGGGUCACAGAGUGCCGCUCCAGCCCAUGUUUAACCACCCUCAGUACUCACCAUGUUCCAUAUCUUCCACACCCAGACGUGUAAGAAAGCGUGGGGGAAGGCUUUCUGCACCCGCCCAUUCCACCCCAGUGGACAGUCCAACCAAAAGGCUGUCAUUACAUUGAUGGCCUUUUUCUUCCCUCCUAUUCUCCUCCCAAAC